UUCCAGAUUCAGAAGAGGACAUGGACAAAACAAAAUUCAUUCUCUUCACAGUCUGCAUUGCUAUAGUCAUGUUCUGCCAUUCUGGCGAAGCACUCCGAUGUUACACCUGUGAACAAAGUCCUGUAGUGUGCAGGACCAAUGUUACUUGUACCCACGAAGAAGAUGUCUGCUUGCAAAUCAGGUUUUUGCAUCUGAGAACAUACAGCUGCUGGAAGUCAUCGCGAUGCAUCCGAAAAGAAGUUGCCGAUGAAUUUAAUGCUGACAGUUUUAGAUUCCUUUGCUGCUACAAGGAUCUCUGCAACAAGAGCCCGAGCCUCCUGGCAGCCAGUGCAGCUGCAUUCAGUAUUUCUGCAGUGAUUGUGCUUUGGAUGGUGUCCCAGUAACUCAGGGAUUAAAAUGUAACUUCACUCUGUACAUCUUUUUUUUAUCCCCCAUCCCCCCGUGCCUGGAUAUGUCUGCGGCAGCAGCUGUUUGGAGAAGAGGCACAUGGUUUAACCAGAAAAGAGAUGUGUGAGAAAGAAUCCCAUUUCUGAAACUUACAAGAUAAGGUGGGAAGGACUUUUGACACUGUCCCUAAUUCAUCUAUAUCCUAAAGCCACAGUCACCGAAUUAUUGUGCUACUUGUAGAAUUCUAGCCCAUGAACACAAACAGUAGGUGUUACUCAGACAUUUACUAUGUGAGAUUUGAUAUGCUUACUUGUGUUCCUAUUGAGGAGAAAGGCAGGGUAUAAAUGAAGUAAAUAAAUGAAUACAUUCUAUAUU